AUGGCGGCGUCGCCGGCCCUGCGGCCCGGUCCGGUGCUGCUGCUACUGCUACUGUUGGGCAGGGGUUUGGACGGGGCCGCCGGUUCUCUGAACUUGGCGGAGCUGAGCGACAUGCGCUAUGGCAUCGAGAUUCUGCCGCGACCCGUGCUGGGGGGGCAGAGCCGCGAGGAAGAGGUGGUGGUCCUGUCGUCCAGAUUCAAGCAGAAAUACGAAUGCCGCCUGCCGGCCGGCGCCGUCCACUUCCACCACGACGGCCAGGACGAGGUGCCGGCCUACCAGGGGCCCAGUGUCCCCGAGCUGCUCAGGCCCCUGGGGCUGGGCCCCUGCCUGGUGAAGACCAAGGAUUGGUGGACGUAUGAGUUCUGCUACGGACGGCACAUCCAGCAGUAUCACCUGGAAGAGUCUGAGAUUAAAGGUGACAUCCUGUACCUUGGCUAUUACCAGUCGACCUUCAACUGGGAGGAUGAGACUGCUAAGGCCUCCAAGCAGCACCGGCUGAAGCGCUACCACAGCCAGAGUUACGGCAACGGCUCCAGGUGUGACCUGAGCGGGAGGCCCCGGGAGGCCGAGGUUCGGUUCCUGUGCGACCAGCGGGCGGGGCCGGACGGCGGCAGCGACUACAUCGACCGCGUGGAUGAGCCGCAGUCCUGCUCCUACGUGCUGACCGUGCGCACCCCCCGGCUCUGCCCCCACCCGCUCCUCCGUCCCCCGCCCAGCGCGGCUCCCCAGCCCAUCCGAUGCCACCCUGCCCUGCCGCCUGCCCAGUACGGGGAGUUCAUGCGCACCCAGGCCUCUGACUCGCAGUGGCAGGUGGAGGAAUUCCAGCAUCUAGAUAUGUCUGGCAGCAGGGACACAGGCAAGACCGUGCCGGAGGAGAACCCCCAGAACGCCUGGAACACAAAGCCAACGCCUGAAGGCACCCCUCCGCACCUGGAUCCAGAGCCCAGGCCUGAGGUGGAACCGCCGAACCCCAAGCCCCCGAGCAGUCUCCGCAGGAACGUUCAGAUUAAGGUCAUCCGAGGCCCCCGGGACCUGGUCCAGUUCAUUGAGGAGCUGAAGGACAUCGCAAAGAAGGAGAAUACGGCCCCCCGGCCUCCCUCAAAGCCACAACCCGAGAGCCCCCCCAAGCUGGCCCAGCAGGAGGAGGGGAAAGAGGUGGAAGAACUCGAGGAAGAGGAGGAGAAGGAGGUGGCGGCAGCAGUGGGGGAGGAGGAGCAGGAGCAGCAAGAGGAGGAGGAAGAGGAGGAGGAGGAGGAGGAGGAUGAAGAUGUGGCGGUGAGCGGUCUGGACCUGUUAGGGAGGCUCCAGCGGGAGCUGGAGGAGUCUUUGCUCCCAGGCGUCCGCCCCCAACCGCAGCCAGAGGCGGGGGCCGCUGCCCACUUGGAGCGGCAGCAAGACCUGGAUGGGGGUCAGCAGGAGGCCGAGCGGGAUGCGGGGCCAGAGGGACGGCCCGGACCGGCCCAGCGGGCCCGAGCGUCCCGAGCCCUGGUGGCCACCCUCAGCAGACUGAUGCAGAAACUGGAUGCUGACCGGGCCGCCUCGCGGCACGGGGAGGGAGAGGGGCAGGGAGAGCGGCAGGGAGAGGCCUCCUCUCAGCCUCCCUCGGCCCCCGAUGUUCCAGGUAAAAUAGAGAUCAAGAUUGUGCGGCGGACGGGGGCCGGGGGGGCCCUGGAGGACGAAGCCCAGUGGCUUUCCGACGAAGACAGUAGGGAUCUCAAGGAGAUUUUUUUCAGCAUUCUGAUCCAGGGUGUGGAGGAGGCUCAGCAGGAGCGUCAGAGACAGCAGCAGCUGGAGAACAACUACCGUCGUGUGUGGGGACCACGGGGGGCAGAGGGCACUGGGGACCCAGACGAGUUUGAUUUCUAAUACCCUCUUUCCCCCUUCACCACCCCCUCGCCCCACCCCUGCCCCAUCUCUCCCUCUCCCUUCCCCUUUCCCCCAGGGCUUGGCAGUGGAGCAGUGCUUGGGCAGGGAGGGCAAUAGUUCUGGCAACGACUGGGGUUUGGGAAGGACGUUCUCUGACCUGCCCCGGACUUCCCUUCGGGGAGGGGUGGGUCCUCCCUAUUUGCAACCAUCUGCCCGUGUCCAUCUUAUUCAGCGCUUGCCGGUGGAGGAAGGUGACCCCGUGGCUUGGGGUGGUGGUGGUGGAUUUUGAGGUCGCUCCAGUGUUGUUUCUGAAUAAAAUGCCCUGGAUCCAG